AGAUCCAUGUACGGCAUCAAUGUACACGGCAAGCAAGGCAUAGUACUAAUGAUUUACAUUUUCUGUAAGAUCUUCCUUCUUAUGUAGGUAUGUAGUUAAGAUUCACAUAUACCAAGAAAGUCAAGAGCUAUCUAGGUUACUUGAGUAUAUAUAUUCUCCCAUGGGAAGCCUGUCUACAUCCUUUACUACGUACAUACCUCAUAAAUUUAUUUAUAUCUCAAUCAGUCUCGAGGACCCGGCGACUUUAACUUCGGUAAAGCACACCCUUAAAACGUUAAAAUACGAUAAGGACUCGACGCCGAGGGCCGCAUAGUCAGCGCACAAGCAGGUUACAUCAUUUAGAUGUUUGAAGGAACUUAAAGGCGAGGACGUAAGAGGGGGGGGCCUCUCUGGAUAUAUCAGUCGAACUCAGACCUUGGAAACGAAUCGAGACAUAAUUCUAAAAGGUCUGAUACCAAUUAUACGACGAUACGUAAAGGAUAGCUUUCGGGAUGGCGCGAACAUCUUUUUUAACCAUCGCGGCGUUGUAUGCAUUCGUAUACACCGUCCUCGCGUCCUCCGAGCCGAUACAAUACUGCCCAAUCGCGGAUGUAUGCUACCAGGUCGCGGUACCAGAGGCAUCUGCCGCCAGAGAUGGGGGCAAUAUAUACCUACAGCUACGAGCGCCGAUAUCGUACUCGUGGGUGGCCUUCGGUACAGGAGAUGCCAUGAAAGAUUCGAGCAUCUUUGUGAUGUAUCAAGACGGUAACGGUAACGUGACGGUAUCAGCACGUACUGGAACCGGGCAUAGCAUGCCACGAUACAACUCAAUCGUACAGUUAGAGCUUCUCGAUGGAAGUGGCCUCUUGAACAACGAGCAGACGAUGGUCGCCAACGUCCGAUGCGGUAACUGCGGUACAUGGCCGGGGGGCUCCAUGAGCCUAGACGAUAACGCGGCGCCCUGGAUUGCGGCAUGGAAGACAGGCGAUGCCAUCAACAGCGCGGACCCGGACGCCCAGAUCCAGCGCCACGACGCGCAUGAUACGUGGGCGUUCGACCUGACGGCAGCCACCGUGACUGACGAUGCGAACCCGUUCGUGGGCGCGAAGCAAUACGACAACAACAACCGUGGCGUGGGCAGCGGCAGCUUCGCCGACCCACGCAUCUUGAUCUUGGGCCACGGCAUCAUCAUGGCCGUCGUCAUGAUCGUCCUGUACCCGUUGGGUUCGGCGCUCAUGCCCGUAUUCGGCAAGUGGAUAAUUCACGCCGCGUGGCAGCUCUUUGCCUUCCUGAUAAUGUGGGCUGGCUUCGGGCUGGGUAUCGUCGCCUUGCAGCGCAUUCAACUUGACUUCAAUUCGACACAUACGAUCCUCGGCACGGUCGUGGUCGGCCUAUUUGGUUUUCAACCGAUCCUGGGCUGGUUCCAUCAUAAGCACUUUAUGAGACACCAGUCCCGAGGUCUCGUAUCGCACGCUCAUAUCUGGUACGGCCGCGCCCUGAUAAUCGCGGGCAUAGUAAACGGCGGGCUCGGUCUGGAGCUUGCAGGUGCCUCUAGAGCCUUCCUGGUGGUGUACACCGUCUUCGCUGUCCUUAUAUUCAUCAUAUACAUCGGUGCUGCUUUGUUUGGCGAGUGGCGCCGCCGCCGACACGGAGGUUAUGAGCAGAAGAGUUCCUGAUUUGUCUCAUAGGGAGGUUGUCAGGAGUAUUUGCAUACCUACUUGAGUAUUUGCGUACCUACUUGGGUAUUUCACUAUAGCGCUUUGAUACCGGAUGGGUUUUUAUGAGUUUAGUUUAGAUGUGGUAUAUGUGUAAGAGACCAGACACUAUAAUAGCGACCAGUGUUCUAUGAUGACGGAGAGUACUUGUUAGACUGGAUUGAUACGAUUUAUGUUAUUUAAUACGAUCUAAUGAUAUUUCUUAAUGACGCUUUCGCAUAAGAUUGAGUUAUCAUCUAGUUAAGUUAAAAUAGAGGAAGAAUUAAAGGAGUAACUAACUACCUAGUUAUACUUGAGUUGAAG